CAGUAGGUAGCUGUUGUCCACAUUAACAAGGCACUAUUUUGGAAGCACUUUGACAACUUGUCGCUGCUCGAUAUCAUUCGGUUCGCCCGUUUUCAACGAGACGUCUGAGGCGUUCCGUUAAGCUAUAAACCAGCACAGAACUAACCUACAAACUUUAAACAGGAACUCUGGCUUCAUUUGAAGAUUAGCUCCAUUUUCAUAGUGUUUUCCUGUUUGGCAGCUUCAGGCAACUACAGACAUCAAAGUUUUUCUCCUCCUCUGGCUGACGCUUCCAAAAACACCGACAUUAGUAAAACCUCAACGUCGUUUAUUUGGCAUUUUGAUUUUUUUUUAAAUUAAUUUUUGUGCUAACGUUAGCCUACUUUUUAUAUUUCCUCCACACAAAGCUACAAUCAUCAAACAUUUUCCUGUCCGGGGAAGUUUUCUUUUCUUGUUUUACAAACAAACUAAAUAAUAUUGGAAGGACUUUUAAAUAUUUAAACGAUUGUUUCACUCGAAUCGGUUUUAAAGGAGUGUUUAGCAGACCAGAAGUGUUAGCCAUCAGUAGCUAGCUUCCACCAAGCCCUUUAAAUCAUCAUCUGAGUGCUCAGCAGGGAAGACAGCAGUUUUUAACUGAUUGGUGCUUUACGCUGUUGGACCUUUAACUUUUAAAUAUACCAGAGUUAAACAGCUAUUGUGACUCCAAAGGACUCAGCUUCGUCUUUUUUAAGUAAAAGCUGCGAGGAAAGCCAAAGCAGAUCGUUGAAGGAGAAUCUGGGGAAGGACCUGAGGCAGGUUGGAUACACCUACGGAAUCCCUGUUCGGAUUGUUUUAAUAUUCCUGUUAUUGUUGAAGAUGGCGGCGAUUGGAAUGGUGCAGAUGUUGAUCGAAGCAGCUGAAUACCUCGAUCGCAGAGAAAGAGAAGCUGAACAUGGCUAUGCCUCCAUGCCGCCCUUCAUCAGCAGUCGGGAGAGGGAAAGCUUGAAAAGGAAAAACAAGAGCAAGAAAAACAUAAGUAGCAGGUCUACACACAAUGAGAUGGAAAAGAACAGACGGGCACAUCUACGGCUGUGCUUGGAGCGCUUGAAAUCUCUCGUUCCUUUGGGACCAGAUGCCAACAGGCACACCACCCUCAGCCUGCUGAUGAAGGCCAAAGAACAUAUAAAGCGGUUAGAGGAGAGCGACAGGAAAGCUCAGCACACUUUGGAACAGCUACAACGGGAACGGAGACACCUGAGGCGGCGCCUGGAGCAGCUGGGAGUGGAGAGGACCCGCAUGGACAGCACCGGUUCUACCCGGUCCUCAGACAAGUCUGACUCUGACCAGGAGGACCUGGAUGUGGAUGUGGAGGGGACGGACUACCUGCUGGGUGACCUGGAGUGGAGCACCAGCAGUGUGAGUGACUCAGGGGACGAGCGAGGCAGCCUGCGCAGCAGCUGCAGCGAUGAGGGCUACUCUAGCGCCAGCCUGCAGCGCCUGCAGGACACUCAGGAGACGGCCAAGCAGCUGGCCUGCAGCCUAUAAACAGCCUGGAUCAGCGAGCCAAUGGCCACCUCCCCUCAGUCAAUAACCCGCCUUCUACCUGCUCAACCCCCCCACUUCACCCCCUAACCACCCUUAAAGGACUGACCAAGCCUCUUCUGCAGUAAAGUCUGACUUGCAUUCAGACUGUAACGGCUCUGAGACUCCCACGCACAUCCAGCUCUUCAUCAGCGGUCAGUCUUAAGGGCGUCGCCCGCUCCACUCCGUGCCAAUCAAACGAGCGGGUUUGUUUAGAUGCCCCGCCCCUGUUAUCCUUCUGUCCUCCAAAAACACAACUUUCAGCCAGAGAAUGUUACCACACAAUGUCCCACUGCCUCUUUUUCUAUGCCUCAAGAGCCAUGGGAAGCACUUAUGAGAUUCUUCUCUAGAAUCCAACACAAACACACACCAUCUCUCCUAGAUGUGAGACGUCUCUUAAGUGACACAGGGCCCUUUUUUUGCCCUGCUCACCAGUACACGAUCAGUGCACGGUACCUUGCACUUGAAAUUGCUUUUGUAAACAAAACUGUCUUUUUUUUUUUUCAGACUCUUUCUCUUGUAAAGCCCUCCCCCCCUUCAGUGCUCCAGCAGCAGUGAUGCUCCCAGAUGAAGUGAAUGUUUGUGAAACAUGUCAGUCGUCGCUCUGUGGACACUAAACUAGACUGCGCACGGUGUUAAACUAUCUGAGCCGGCAGCAAUACCUUCUGCAGUAACGAAGCUUUAGCAGGCAGGCUAAGUUCCUGCCCGCACGUCCAAACUAAGGUACAGGAUGAGAUUGUGAAGGGGUUAGGGGAUGGUUUUUCUCUCUGAUGACGGUGGCGUUUUUAAAGUCCCCCCCCCCCUCAUCCCUGUAAGGUGUGGAUGGAGCUUCUUGGCCUGGCAGUGGGUGCGACGGCCUAUAACAGCAGCCACCGGGCCUGAUACUGGGAUGAUCAGCCAGGUGCUAGUACAUUGUUGUACAUUAAUCCUUCACUGCCCGUUCAGCAGCUGUUAGCAGGAAGGGAAAAGCCGUUCUACCUAAAGACUCAAGCACAUUCCACAAUAUAUCUAUUAGAGACACAGGUGAGACUGAAACAGAUUAUUUUUUGAAAGUAGGUAAUUCACACUUCUUUUCUUUAAGGGGGGGGGUCAGUUUGAUUCAGGGCAGGUUAUAAGAGGGAACCAGGUAAUGUAGUCAGAGGCCCAAAGCUUUUUGCGUUUUCUCCUCUAAAAAGCACUAAACAGUUAAACCACAGAAACCCCUUUGCCUUGCCACAUAGCUAUUUAUUAUUUCUGGAGAAAUGUACACCUUUUAAUGUAAAUAGUUCUCAGAAAGAGCUCUAUGUCUAUCACCAAAUGUAUUUAUUAGAUAUAAAUAUAUAGAUGAGUCUAUAGAAAAAUAUUUAGUCAUAGCUUAUGUUCUUUUUGUGUGUUUUAUUGAGAGUUUCCUACAACGUAGUUGGUUUGCACAGCAAAGUCAAUCCUUAGAAUAUUUAGAAAAGUCUCUUGUGCCUCGAGGCGUUUGUGUCUGUUCAAUUUGGCGCGAUGCCCCUAGGGCAGUUUCAUCGUGCUUCAUUUUCUUUAUUGUCAUUUAUAAAACCCGUCCUGUCCUCUUAUUGGUGUGGGAGAUGAUGGAACAAAUAUACUGUAGAAAAAUGUGAAUUAAAAAGUUUUAAAAGCAUUAGAGAUGCACCGAUCAGAGCUGCUACAGAUUUGCGGUUUUAUUCGGAGUUUUAUCUGCUCAUUUCAGUGUAUUCCUUUUAGUUUUUGCUGAAAAAGAUGAAUUAAGGUUCAGAUUGUCUGAAAGUACUUCCCCAUUGCGACAUUUUCCUCUUUAAGAACAAAAUGGCAGCCUCUCCUAUUGGACUCUGUACCAAACGGAUGUCGAUUUGUUUAUUCCCUCAAUGUUAUUUUUUUAUACCUGCUUUCAGUGCAUCGAGUGGAUCCUGUUUAAAACUUUACAUUUCAGGUUGGAAAUCCUUUUUUUCACUACUAAAAACGUGAAGCUCUAGGCUGCUUUUUAAAAAGUAAAAACAACUGAUUUUACAUUUAAGUUUGAAAAAAAAUCUUUAAUCCUAAAUUGGGUGUACAUUAUUAUCGUUGACAAACCUAUCUUAGGACAAUCGGAAUACAAACUAUUGCAAGG